AUGAAGUUCCUUUCCUUUUCCGUUGGCUUUGCUGCUACUGCCUUCUCCCUUGGAUCGGCGCUGAACAUCGGUGAGAUAAAUGGCCCUGGAUUCCUCUCGCCGUAUGCCGGAAAGGCUGUUUCGGCUGUGCAAGGGCUGGUCACUGCUAAGGGUCCCAGCGGUUUCUGGAUCCGGUCCACGACGCCAAAGUCUAAUUCAACAUCGUCGAAUUCCGUGUACGUCUUUAGUAGCAGUGCUGGCAAGAAUCUUACCGUCGGCGAUAUCAUAACUUUAGAUGCCACAGUAUCCGAAUAUCGAUCUUCAUCGGCGUAUUUGUACCUCACUGAACUUACGGCGCCAAAAAAUCUCAGUCUCAUCUCAACUGGAAAUCAAGUUACUCCGUUGGUUAUUGGUGAAGGAACGGAUUCACCGCCGACUGAGCAGUUCAGUUCAUUAGACAAGGGCGAUAUUAUGGGGGUGCCGAACAAUUCCAGUCAAGUUUCGGCUCAAAAUUCGACCCUCCAACCUCAGCUUUACGGGUUAGAUUUCUGGGAGAGCCUAUCUGGGGAAUUGGUGACAGUUCAAAAGCCAACAGCAAUUGCAAAACCUAAUGCCUACGGGGAUACAUGGGUGAUUGGAUCUUGGAACACCACGGGCCUAAAUUCACGAGGUGGUCUAACUCUCACUUCCCAUGACUCAAAUCCAGAAGCUAUUAUGAUUGCCAGCCCCUUGGACGGCUCUGACAAUCCGAAAGGAACGAAAGUCGGUGAUUCUUUGCAGGACAUUACGGGAGUAGUCACUCAAGCUUUUGGAUAUUAUGUGAUCAACCCUCUCACAGCUCUAAAUAUAACUGGAUCAGCGCAGCCAACAUUGCCACCACCAGCGACAUUUAGUUCCUGUGGUGACUGCAAAGGGCUCACCGUGGGAUCUUAUAAUGUUGAGAAUCUAGGCCCAAACACCACACAUCUCCCCAAUAUUGCGGCCCAUAUUGUAGACUAUCUGAAGACCCCAGACCUAAUGUUUUUGCAAGAAAUUCAAGAUAAUACUGGUGCAACAGAUACAGGUGUGGUUGAUGCAAAUAUUACGCUGUCAACACUUGUCGAAGCCAUCCGAGUGCGGUCGAAUCUCACAUACGCAUCCACCGCCAUCGACCCAGUAAAUGACCAAGACGGCGGCGAACCAGGAGGAAACAUCCGAGUCGCCUAUCUCUACAACCCAGUGGUUCUCCAACUUCGAAACCCCAACCCAGGAUCAAGCACAGAUGCCAACGAGGUCCUCCCAGGACCAGAAUUGAAAUACAAUCCAGGCCGGAUCGACCCACUGAAUGCAGCAUGGACCGCGAGCAGGAAGCCGCUAGCUGCUACUUGGGAGACUGUGGAUGGAAAGAACAAGUUCUUCACGGUGAAUGUUCAUUUCGGGAGUAAGGGUGGAGGGUCUCCGAUCGAGGGAGACGCAAGACCUCCUGUAAAUGGAGGUGUUUAUGAUCGUCUCGCGCAGACAAACGCUACAGCAUCCUUCAUCGCCUCCAUUCUGGCAGAAGACAGCAACGCGCGGAUCAUAACCAGUGGCGAUUUCAACGAAUUUACCUUUGUCGCCCCCCUCGAGACUUUUGAGAGCGUCUCGAAGCUCAAAGAUGUUGAUGAAGUUACGGGGAUUGAUGAGUUGGAGAGGUAUAGUUAUCUCUAUGACAUGAAUUGCCAAGAGUUGGAUCACAUGUAUGUGAGCGAGGCUCUGACGCGCGGGGCUAAGAAAGAGAUUAUACAUGUUAAUACGUGGGCUUCAUAUGCUGGGCAGGUCUCUGACCAUGAUCCUAGCGUGGCGAAGUUUAACGUUUGUCAGGAUUGA